AGUAACAUAUACACAAGUCACAUGUAGGAUAGAUAUGGAAGUCCUAAAGACAUUAGCUGUAUUUUAUCACCUCAAAGGUGCGCUAGCUCGAUCUGUUCAAGCAACGGAACACACAGAAGAUUUUCAAAUAUCCUACGCCAUAUUUGCCCUCAUUGGCUCAGUCCUGAUUGUGCUGGUAAUCUUACUGUGUACUGAUGUUCCUGCGGAAUCCGACGUCCAUCAUAAGACAAACGACACAAAUGUUGCUGAAGAGAAAGUAAAGAAGAAGAAGAAAAAGAAAAUUCAUAAGAAGAUUCAUCGAACCAAGAGCACUGGUAGCAUUAUAUCCUCCAUUAUCAGCAGUUGGGCGAGUACCUCCGAUUCUGAGGACGCAGGAGAAGACACAGCUGCCCCAGACGCUUUUGCAGUAGAAAUAGAAUCUGUAAACCUCAGCGAGAAAGAUCUUGAAGUAGAUAACAAAGAUGCAGCUGAAAAAGUCAAUCCUGAAGCAGAAACUGAAAAAUUGGAUGUGACAGCCGAAACAGGAUCUAGAAAGUCGUCAGAUUCAAAAAAUUCCAAAACUGAAGAGAAAUCUGAGGGAUCUCACUCUUCAAAUACAGAACCAAUGGAAGAAGUGGAUGCAGCUGAACAAGGUUCUGGAAAAGAGGAAGAAAGUGGUGAAAAGGAUUCAGACACAUCUUCAUCCAGCAGUGAUUCAUCAAAACAUGAAGAUUCUGAACAAGAUGAAUCUAAAGAGGGGGAAUCAGAAGAACAUGAAGCAGUAAAGGAGCCUUUGCAAGAUCAUGAGGCAGAAGAGGAACCAAAACCUGAACCAGGAGAAGAACCAGAACCUGAGCCAGAAGAGGAACCUGAACCAGAAGAGGGGCCAGAACCUGAGCCAGAAGAGGAGCCAGAACCUAAACAAGACGAGGAGCCAGAACCUGAGCCAGAAGAGGAACCUGAACAAGAAGAGGAGCCAGAAGGGGAGCCAGAACCUGAGUCAGAAGAGGAGCCAGAACCUGAACCAGAAGAGGAACCUGAACCUGAGCCAGAAGAGGAGCCAGAACCUGAACCUGAGCCAGAAGAGGAGCCAGAAGCUGAGGAUUAAUAAAAACUGAAAAAUAAACCAUAUUACAUGAAAAAUGGUUGAAAACUGAAAGAAUAUGAAGGGAGCUUAAACUGGAUGGAAAUGGACAUGUGACAUGGAACCAGAUUGUUAGGAAUUAAGUAUUUCCUUGAAACAGUGAAUUUGUGAAAGAACUAUUCUGAGUUCUAGUGCACAUCUGAUAGCUAAAUAUGCAUCAGAUUUUGCCUUACAAGGGAAGCAAAAUUGUAUCGAGACAUAAUUUGCAUACAUUCCUAAAAGGGUUACACAUUGAACAUCAAGAUGUGUUAAAAGUUUUUGUAUACAAGUACAUUCAUUUUUACCUUUCUUACAAUUUAUCCUACUUUUGUAAAAUUUAUUAAAACAGUGAAAUUCAAAGUGACUUUAUUUUUAAACAAUAAAUUACAAACAUUUAAAUAGAC